CGCCCCCUUUAGAACUUGGAACUCCAUUUCCCAGAGCUCCUCAAACUCGCCGGGCCUUUUUCUUCCGUCAGGAACGACCUACGUUUGAGUCUGUGCAGUAACGGGCGCGGUAACUACAGUACCCAGAAGGCCGUACGGCGGCAGUAGAGGCGGAGACAGCUCAGACUGCGGGGCUUAGCCGAGAGUGGUUUCAGUGCCUGCGCAUCGCGGGGGAGGGACUUCGGGCGGCGUCCCGCUCUUCUGUAGUUCAUCCGCCAGUUCUCUUGUGGAAGGUGUCUCGAGUCUUGACUAAGUGAAUGGGAAGCGCGGGAAGAGUCGUCAUUCCUGCCGCGGAGGCGGCUGCCAGAUGCCCUCGUCCCCGCCCAGUCGCUCGCCGCUCCCCGCUCCCCGCCCCGCUCUUCCCACUGGUAGGAAGCGGAGCCCGCGCGGAUGAAGCCGGCUCAGGAAAGAAUGCCUGGAUGUAGUAAGUUUGCUGGCCUCGGUGGAGAUGGAGUUCUAGAGUUUCAGCCCUGCAAGUCAGCUUCUCCUUGGAGACCAUCUGUGUGAGACAAAAGAAAUAGCCAGGUUUGGGGAGCAGACGUGUUCCAGAACGUUCCAGACAUCUUCUCUUCCACCCUUGAGGGCAAGAGGAAGGAGGGAGUGCUACAGUAAGGGGUCCUGCAAGUGCCCUUCAGGGAAUUAUGUAGCAGAUUCCCAUGGCAUUUGCAGAAAUGCUUAUGGACCCUGUACAGGUGAAUGGAGGAUGUAACAGACCUUCAUCCACCCCAGUUAUCACCCUGUUGGUUUUGCCAGUCCCAUAUAAAGAAUGGUGGUGUCCUGAGAAUGUUCACCUGCUCUUCUCCCUCCCUUGAGUCAGAAGUUCCUGUGGUCUCACCAAAACCCAGGGUUUUGAACUCAGCCCUGGAUUCUAUGGAGCGUUUCCCAUUUCUGACAACUGAUAGGGGGCUUGUGGUUUUCACAGAUGUGGCCAUACAUUUCUCCCAGGAGGAAUGGGGACUCCUUGAUGAGGCUCAGAGAAGCCUAUACCACAGUGUGAUGCUGGAGAACUUUGCACUUUUGUCAUCACUAGGUUGUUUGCACAGAGCCCAGGAUGAGGGGGCACCUUCAGAACAAGGUGUUUCUGCAGGAACAUCACAGGUCAGGACUCCGAAGCCAGGCCCAUCCAUCCAGGACGCCCAGCCCUGUGAGACAUGUGGCCUGCUCUUGAAAGACCUUUUGCACUUGGCUGAGCAUGAUGGAACACACCCUGGGCAAGGCCUGUAUACUUGUGGGGAAAAGCCUUACCAGAACCAAAAGCAUCAAAUUAGAGAGAAACUUUCCAAAAGUGAUGAGGGGAGGUCUUCACUUGGGAAGAACUACAGAGGUCACAUGACAGGAAUGACGUUUACAUGCAGGGAAGAUGGGAAGCACUUCCCAGCCAGCUCAGGCCUCCUGCAAGAACAGGUUCUUCAUGUUGUAGAAAAGCCACACUGGGACAUGGCAGGUGGAGAAGCCUUUCAAAAUGAACAGAAUUACUACAAGUGUACGCGAUGUAGGAAAACCUUCAGUCAUAAACAUAUGUUUGUUAAACAUGAGAAAAUUCACACUGGAGGAAAGCUUUAUGAGCAAAGAGAAUGUGAGAAGGCCUUCCUUAGAAAGUCCCACCUCCAUCAGCACGAGAUAGGCCACGAUGAAGAUCAGCUUUAUGAGAAUCCAAAAUGUAGAGGAUUCUUUACACAGAUACCUGGCCUCAGUGACCAUCGGGGUAUUCACACCAGGCUGAGGCCUUUUGAGUGUAGCCAAUGUGGGAAGGGUUUCCUUAGACUAUCCCAACUUGUUGGUCACCAGAAAAUCCACACAGGAGAAAGACCUUAUGGCUGCAGUGAAUGUGGAAAAUUUUUUAGGAAUCGUUCUACACUCAUUAGACAUCAGAGAGUUCACACUGGUGAAAGGCCGUAUGAGUGCAGUGAAUGUGGAAAAGCUUUCACCCGCAAACAUAAACUUGUUGAGCAUCAGAAAAUCCACAGUGGUGAAAAGCCUUAUGAGUGCAGAGAAUGUGGGAAAGCCUUCAGCCGCAAAGACAAAGUUGUUGAACACCAGAAAAUCCACACUGGAGAGAGACCUUACAAGUGCGCUGAAUGUGGGAAAGCUUUCAGCCGCAAACAUAAACUUGUAGAGCACCAGAAAAUCCACACUGGAGUAAGGGCUUAUGAGUGCAGAGAAUGUGGGAAAUUCUUUAUGGACGGCUCCUCACUCAUUAUUCAUCAGAGAGUUCACAGUGGAGAAAGGCCUUAUGAAUGUGACAAAUGUGGGAAAUUCUUUAGGUACCGCUUCACACUCAUUAGACACCAGAGAACUCACACUGGAGAAAGGCCUGAUGGGUGCAACAAUGUAGGAAAUCCUUUAGUUGCAACUCCACAUUCAUUAGACGUCAGACAAAUCACAGAAGAGAAAGGCCUUAUUAUUGCAGCUAAUGUGGGAAGUUUUUGUGGUACAACUCCAGUCUCGUUACACAACAGAGAGUUCACACUGCUGUGAGUCCUUAUGAGAACUGCAAAUAUAGGGACAUCUUUACUUACAACUGGCCUCAAUAAACUCUGUUGAAUUUGCAACAAUGGUGAAAUGCCUUAUGAGUGCAGUGAAUGUGGGCGAAUCUGGUGAUUUAUGUCAUUUUACACUAAUUUGCAUUUCUUUAAUUUUUGUGUUUGGAAUCCUACAGUAUACUUUUGUAUGGCUGCUUUUCAUUCUAUUUUUACAUAAAUGAAAUCCUAAAGUAUA